AUGACCUCAGGGCACCAUGCAUUGAUCCUUCAUGAAUGGACCGACUUUUCUGUGAAACUGGGUGGGGCUGGAGUGAAGAUCAUCUACGCCUCUUUCCAGGUCAUCGAGAAUCCGAAGAAGGGGCUGGAUGUGGCACGACGUCUGAAUGAUGACUUGGAGAAGAAAGGCUUUGUGUGGCUGACCACCUAUGGAUUACCAGAUCCGGCACGCGGUAGAUGGAAGAGGUUGCUGGUGAUCUACAGUGGUGAGAAUGAGUACCGGACUUCUUCUGCCUUUUGGGGUGUGAGCACUGCUGCGAUGAUCAACCUGACUGUAAAAGCAAGCCCGGCAUUGGCAGCGCUGACUGUGGGAAGUGCAACUUGGAUCAAUGAACCCGGUCCAUCUUCGAACCUUUGCGUCGAGCACAGAAUCUUUGAGGAUUGUCUACAACUCCCAGCACUGGUGCCGCUGGUAUCUCUGGGUGCAGUUGCUUACAGCUGCUACAGCAAGGGAGUUCCGCUUUUCAUGGCCGAUGGCCAAUGUGUGAUUUGCUUGUGCAAUCUGGGACCUGCGCCUGCUGAAAUCCUCUCAUGUGGGCAUGCAUUCCACUACAAUUGCAUUCAAGGAUGGCUGGCGCUGGGUGGCUGUUGCCCAUUGUGUCGAGAGGAGCCGGCAUGUGAUACACUCAUGCACGAGACGACUAAUGCACUGAUGAUGAUGAUGGGACUUUUCUCGCAUGAGCUGAGUACUUGGUUUACUCACCUGGCCCAAGGUGCCUGGUUCUGA